AUGUGCCGCUGGUUCACAAAGUUGCCAUCGUCAAUGAGAAAGGAGAUGUGGCGUGGUUAUCUGAAAGUCGCCAUUGAACCUGUCAAUCCACAAGAAAUCGAGACGCAGAAGAAGGGCGUUCGCCAGACAGCAAAAUUGCACUUCCGGAGGGAGGACUUCUUGAAGGCUUGCAGAAACGGCGAGAACGGAGAUGAAAGUCAACAGCUGACGUUCCCACCCCAUAUGAGGGAAGAUGAAGAGUUCUGUUUCCGAGUGGUGGUGUUGCAGGCGAUUGACGUCUCCGAGCAGUACUCCGAUUUUCCUUCACACCGUCACGACGAGGCAUUCUCCACAGAGCCACUGAAGAACACUGGUCGAGCGCCACUAUCCUUCUCGCAUUCACAGAAUCUGCACAUCAAAAUGAGCCGCACCUUCCUGCACUACCUGCACCAUUUCCCCAUCAUAUUCGAGGUAAUGGCGGCCAUCCAUUUCAUUUCUCCUCUUGAAAAGAACCACAGAAACCGAAAGAGCGUGACGUCUCCGAAGCAAACGUCUCUUCAGGCGUUCGGUCAUUUCCAGCAGAAACCGGAAGGAUUCCAGUUCGAGCGACAGCUAAGUGCACUUGGUCGUCGAAUGUCGACGAAGCUCACCUUCCAACAGCCGUCGUUGGUGAUCUCCACACCCGUGAAGAGCAAGAAAGCCAACGCUCCCAUUCAGAACAACACAACGCAGAUUCGUUCGAAGACAGACUUGCUGGUUUGGUUUGAAAUUUGCGAGUUGGCUGGAAGUGGUGAAUAUGUGCCUGCUGUGGUGGAUCACGCUCAAGGUUUACCCACCCAUGGUAUCUUCCUUCUGCAUCAGGGAAUUCAACGAAGGAUCAAGAUCACCAUCUGCCAUGAGCGGGGAGAAGUGAAAUGGAAAGACUGCCAGGAGUUGGUCGUCGGUCGGAUACGCAGUGGCCCUGAGUGGAAUGGUGGAGAGGACAUAGGCAAGUUUUUUUUCUCUAUAAUUCCACCUUUCACAUUGUCUUAG